CAGAAUAAUGGUUAAGUUCGACCUCAACAAUCCGUUCUAGUCUAUGAAAUCAACUAUUGUGAAGGCUCUUCCAUGUUUACUCAUGUAGCCUAUUAAAAAUUAACUAUUUGCACUAAGUUAAAUUGUAUGCGAUGGUCACACACCUAUUAGCGAAAUUGACCAAUUGGAAGCUGUUCCUUACUUCCACCCUCAAAGUCCCAUAGUCCAUUGCAACAACACAGUGCCAGACUUUAGCUUAGUGAGCUUAAUUUAUGAAAGCUUCCGCACACGCCAUGGGAUAUAGCCCUUCGAUUGUAUUGUUUAACGAACAAUAUACCCGAAAGUGCAUUAUUUAAUUUCGGUAUGAAACGUGGACAAAGCCAAGGCUAAUCGUCCGUUUUUCAAAUAAAUCGGUUAGUCAUGGCCGCACCAGGGGCUGGACAAGGUGACGAGCAAGAAAAACUUGAAGAUGAAUUUCAACAAACGGUGUGCCGUAUAGGAGGCAAGGAGAAGAUUUAUCUUAUUGGAGAGGUCUGUAAAAAUGACGGCGAUCAAAGCAAUUCGUUACAGACACUGCUUGAUGAAAUGUUCAGCGACAGUAAGCAUAAUCCUAGCUCGGCAAACACGACUUUGAAUGACAACACACGUCCUGAAAACCAGACCAAUACACUGAACGACGUGGCAGAUAUCAAAGACAUUUUACCCAUUCAAGAUAAGGCAGGUACGGGUGCUUCAGUCAAGGACGGACAUGAACCUGGACUUGGUGACAUUCACAGGACGAUUAGGUCGAGCAGAAAUGCUACAGCAGCCGCCAGAUCAAUUGACUCUGCCAUGAUAAUAUUUAUUUUCAAGCACGAAUACAUCAGCAGCAAUUGUAAUCACAUCUGCAUCAAGGAAAUUAUGAAGGACGUGAGAGCCCGGACGAAACAUUCUCCAAUAUUUCCUGCUGUGAUUGGUUUGGUCCACUCUGCAGCUGAGACAAGGGGGUCACUUCAGUCUGUUCAAGUUUUGGAACGUUUACUGCACUCAGUGUAUCGAAAACAUUCCAGUGACUCCAUAUGGGCUGGUUUAUACAUUCCAAACACUGUGGAAAAAAUGUUGUCUAUCAAGAGACAUGUCAACAAAGCUGUUCACUCGUCUCUUUCUUCAGAUAAUGUGAGAACAAACAACCGUCUCUGGUCACUGAAAUGUUUGUCUCGGAGGAGGCAACAAAGACAAUCCAGAGGUCAACCUAGCUGCACAUCUCGUUCCAUGGAAACAGUUGAAGGUAUCCCACUAAAGUCAAGAGGACAUCAAGGAGAUUUUUCCAAUGGAAUUAGCUCAUCAGGGACUUGAAAUAAUUGAAUAUAGGCAAUAUUGUCUUGGAAUAGGCCUAAUUUGUUGCAGUGGCACUUUUGGCACAAUACAGUGUGACUUGACUGUACAAAUACAUGAAUAAAUUGUAACCCAUACAUUCAGAGAACCGGAAUCUGGAAAUGUCAAAUGUAAAAAUUAUGUUUAUUUUAAGUGACUGAUCAAACACCUAUGCAAUUUGUUCAGUGUGUUGCUGUCAAUGGGUUGUAAAUGCAUGUGGUGAUGCCACAAUGAUGCAUGUUACAACUAUUUUAAGGUAUACUGUGUGUUAAUUACUUUAGACCAAUAGCUUUUAUUUCUACUUUUUGAUAACAUUCUGUUAUAAUUUUGAGUACUCUCACUAAAAUAAAAUAUCCUUUUUACCCCCUUUA